UCGUGUGUCAUUAAACUAUUUAAUUUUUAAGAAAAAAUGAUGCGAAACCGAGAAUAACAGUAAAACGUUUUGCAUCUCUAGUCUACAAAAAGUGACGUAAAAUUACAAAUGGAGGUGUUUACGUGAAAAUGUAAAUUUUUGGUUAUUUUUAUUUUAAUUUUACUGCAAUGUUUGGUUGUUAACGUGAUAGAACUAAGAAUCGGCAUCACUUUAGUGAAGCUUCGUUCAACUAGCACAUAGAAAUUAUGAUUUGAAGUCCAUUGCAAUAGUAUUAUCAUGGACGGAAGUGUUAAGUGACACUGAUCACUGGACUUGAUAACUGGACAAUGUAAUAUGAUGGAGGCAUGUAUGAGAUGAGAGGUCACCAAUCAACAUGAAAAGUAACGACUGAGUAAUGUUGGACCUGAUGAUAGUGGCAGGGUGGAAAUAUAAGUGGUGCUGUUCUUACAGAGUUUAUUAGUGCUACUCAAAUCAACAGGAUUUGAAAUGACAGACACAUACAGCAGACAUUCUCAUAGCAAAUCAUUAAGAUAUCAAAAAGAAAAAAACAUUGAGAUGAAAUCAAAGUCUAGAAGGUCUAAAUAUUCAGAUGAAAAACAUCAUCAUGUGGAGUCAAAAACACCUCCAUUGCCAACCAAAAGUACUUCUUCACUGGAGGAAUUGUUAAAAAAACGAGAUUCUCUUAAACAAGAACUAAAAAAAAUAGUAAAAGUUCCUGACACUCAACCAAGCAUUGAUUACAACAAAAAACGUAGGCAUUCCAAAGAAGACUAUGCUUAUGAAAUAAUUAAUAAUAAAAAAAGACAUGUUCAUCAUGAAACCAGGUCUAAUAAAAUUACCAAGAAAAGAAAAUCUAAUCAUGAAUCUUCUCCAGAACUGGAACAUAUACAACCGGAGUCAGAAGAUGAAGAAACUAUAAUACAACAAAGAAGACAACAACGUAAGCAACUAUUAGAAAAAUUAAAUGUUUUAAAUGAGAAAAGCAAUGAAAGUACUGAAGAUACCAGCAAGGCCAGCUACAGUGAAGCUGAAAAUACCAAAGGUAUUAAUAACACUCAAAUCAAUCAAAUUAUUUCAAAGCAAGUUACAGACAUGUUCUCAGAAAAAGAUGAAUUUGAGUCUAAAGGUGCAACAAAAAAUGCAACUCAGAAUGAGGAUGAGACUAAUUUAAAUUUAACUGAUAAUUGGGAUGAUGCUGACGGGUACUACAAUAUACGUAUUGGAGAUACAAUAAACAAUAGAUACACCAUAAAAAGCAUUCUGGGUCAAGGCGUAUUUGCGAAUGUGGUGCGUGCUCAAGAUAACAUGGAAGGAAAUGAUUAUGUAGCUAUAAAAAUUGUCAGAAACAAUGACCUUAUGUAUAAAACAAGUUUGAAAGAAAUAGAAAUUCUAAAGCAAAUACGAGAGGCAGAUCCUGACAACAAAUACCACUGUGUUCAAUUCCUUGGACAUUUUAUGUAUAAAAACCACCUUUGUUUAUUGUUAGAGUCGCUCCACAUGGACUUAAGAGGAGUCAUUAAGAAAUAUGGGAAACACAAUGGUAUUAAUAUGAAAGCAUUAAUGAGCUAUAGCAGACAAUUACUCCUAGCUUUAAGACUUCUCAAAAAACUUGGAAUCAUCCAUGCAGACAUAAAGCCAGACAACAUCUUAGUAAAUGAAAAGAAGAAUUUAUUGAAAUUAUGUGACUUUGGCUCAGCUUCCAAGUGUGAAGACAAUGAGCCUACCCCCUAUUUAGUUUCAAGGUUUUACAGAGCACCUGAAAUUAUUUUAGGUGUGCCAUACAAACAUGGAGUGGAUAUCUGGUCGGCAGCAUGUACCAUAUAUGAAAUGGCAACUGGAAAAAUUCUAUUCACAGGAAGCUCCAAUAAUAAAAUGUUAAAAUGCUUCAUGGAUUUGAAAGGAAGAUUUUCUAGCAAACUUGUAAAGCGAGGGAAAUUCAAAGACCAACAUUUUAAUUAUAAUAACAACUUUCUUCUUCAUAAAAAAGAUGAAUUCACUGGCAGAGAAAAAGUUGUUGAAAUGAGCAAUAUCAAUGUCAGUAGAGAUUUACUGCAAGAACUGAAAAAAUGUAACAAGAGUAUAUUUAUGAAUGAAGAACGGAAAAUAACACAGCUCAAAGAUUUACUUGAUAAGAUGACAAUGCUAGAUUCUAGUCAAAGAGCACAAGUAAAUGAUUGCUUGAAGCAUCCCUUCAUUUUAGAGGAAUUGGAUAAAUAUUGAAAUUGUUUAUUUUGUUACAAUAAGCUAAAAGGUUUAAAUAAAACAUUUUUUCAAUAAAA